CCGCACGAUGCUUCUCUUUCCAUCCAUCUCCAAGCUUAUUGAUGGAUUCUUGCUCACGAAAGAGCUCAACUCUCGCUUUUUCCGCUGCAAGCUCUCCGACAGCUUGCUUCAUACGGCGGUCACUGCACCGUCUGUGAGAUUGGAAUAUGAUUAUGACAGACUGGAGUUUCUUGGCGACAGCUUCCUCAAACUCCUGGCUUCGGUCCACGCUUACGUAUUCGCCAAUUCUGCCAAGGAGGGAGGGCUGCAUCUCACGCGCCAGAGCCUGGUCAGCAACCACGCGCUCAAUGAGCAUUUCGCGAACGCCGAAGAAAGUGACUGGGCGGCGACUGGGGGACAAGGUCAUUGCGGAUGUGAGCGAGGCGAUUCUAGGCGCAGCGUUUCUUCUGGUGGGAACGACGCCGGGAUAAUGGCAGCGCAGGCGAUGAACAUCCUCCCCCUCGACGUCGCGCAGUGGUCUGACUUUGGCCGGAAAGUGCUGGUCCCUCCCUCGACGAUCUCAGCAAAGAUCUCUCGCGAUACGAUACAGGCGAUUGAGGGGAUUGUGAACCACAAAUUCAGAUAUCCAUAUCUUCUCGCUCAAGCUUUGACGCAUGGUUCCAUCUCUGGACCUGGCCGAGUGUCAAGCGAACGGCUCGAGUUUCUGGGCGACGCUGUGCUCGACUUUUUGGUGACACGUCUGCUCUUCGAUCGCCAUCCAACGCUCGGGCCUGGUAGCCUGACCGUGUUGAAGGCGUUCUCUGAUGUGAUUGAAUCCAUCCUCGGGGCUGUGUACAUUUCCGACGACUUUUCGAGCGAAGGCGUCGAGGCGUUCUUCGCUGCCGUCUUGAAGCCGUUCUAUGACAAGCAUAUCACGCUCAACACGCUGCCUAAGCAUCCCAUGGAGACCCUCGCGGAUAUCGUCCGCGCGCAAAAGUGCCUUGAUCUCGAGAUGCGAGUCCGGCGGAGGGACAGUGCGAAAGCGAUCCACAGCGUCGUACUGGGCAGUGGAAGCGCAGGCCGCACGUCUGUGGCGACGCGGAAUGCGUGCUGUGAGGCGAUCAGUGCGCUGGAGAAGGACCCGGAUUACAUCCGCCGCGCGUGUGCAAUUGCCUGCGGCAAGCCGACACCAAGGAAGCGCGGAGGAAGUUGGACGAGCUGCUGGCCACGGUGGUGA